AUAGGGCUUGUACCCCCAUCAUCAUCUCUGGACCCAGCAGUGCUACAGCGAUUGUCUGAAGUCCCUGCAGGCAGGGCCAGUCCUUGCAGCCUCCAUAAUGUGGGAGCUCCGCUCUGUAGCCUUCACCCGGGCCGUCCUGGCAGAGUUUCUGGCGACCUUGGUCUUCAUCCUCUUCGGCCUGGGCUCUGCUCUGAACUGGCCCUCAGCUUCCGCCCCGAGCACCCUUCAAAUCGCGUUGGCUUUUGGCUUGGCCAUCGGCACGUUGGUCCAAGCCUUGGGGCACAUCAGCGGAGCCCACAUCAACCCGGCGGUGACGGUGGCUUGCCUCGUCGGCUCCCACGUCUCCUUCCUGCGUGCAGUCUUCUACGUGGUGGCCCAGCUCCUGGGGGCCGUGGCAGGGGCUGCCAUCCUGCACGAGAUCACCCCAGCCGACUCGCGGGAAGGCUUGGCCGUCAACAAGCUGCACAAUGAGACGACGACGGGGCAGGCGGUCACUGUUGAGCUCUUCCUCACCUUCCAGCUCGUCCUCUGCAUCUUUGCUUCCACUGAUGAACGCCGGGAGGACAAUGUGGGGUCUCCUGCACUGUCCAUUGGCUUUUCUGUUGCUGUUGGCCAUCUCCUUGGAAUCCGUUACACUGGUUGCUCCAUGAACCCAGCCAGAUCCUUUGCCCCAGCUGUAAUCGUUGGAGACUUUAGUGACCAUUGGGUCUUCUGGGUGGGCCCCCUGGUUGGGGCAGCGGCUGCAUCCAUCAUCUACAAUUACAUUCUCUUCCCACAAUCCAAAACCUUCUCAGAGAGGCUCGCCAUCUUCAAAGGCAUGGAGCCAGAGGAGGACUGGGCAGAGCGCGAGGCACGGCGGCGGCAGUCAGUGGAGCUGCACUCCCCACAGACCCUGCCGAGGGGGAGGUCUGAGAAGGUAUAGCCGAGCCAACCCAGGGAUAGGAGAGGAGCUGAGGGAACCCCGAUGAUCCAAACAGUGCUUCACCUCUCUCCUCUCUCUGCUUUUAUUUUGCUGGGGUCUCGUGUUGCCUCAUCGUGGGGAGAUGCGCUGUGAUGGCCCAACUUUGCCACCCAGCUCUAUGUCUGCAGGUUUUCUAACUUUAGAGGAAAGCACCGUUAAAGCAAAGCCACCAGUGCAGCAGCAGGGAUGAGUACAUGCUGGAGUCCCACCUUCAAGUCCCCCUCGCAGGAGGCAGUGCGCGGUGGAGCUCAUUGCCCUUCUCGAGGCGCUGCAGAGAGGUGUUAUUACAGGUGUUUGCUGGGUGUGGAGGUUGCCACCCGAUGCCUCAUUGCUUUUGAACUCUGCUCACCCUUCUCCCACUUCUUCUCGCUGCCCAGCUGUUUGGACACACUGAGAGCAUUGCUCCUUGCCACACAGAUCUCACAACCUGCAAGUUUUGCUGCUGCAAGGAACCCAAGCACAUUUAUGACCCACAGUGGAAUGCAGAUGCUCUUUGCUUUUGCAGACUGGAAGAGUGUCCUCGCCUUCCCUCUGACCCCACUGGGGAGCUCUUGCAACUGCUCCCUUCUGUGAUGAUGGGAAACCUCCUAAUUUUCAACCCCAGAUAAUCCACAGCUUGGCUGUUCCUAGACCACCACUGUCCCUCAGCUUCAAUGCUUCUUCUUUCUGCCCAGAUUUUGCUUGUUUUCCUCCAUUCCUAUCCCACCCUGAUUCGAAUGAGUAAUACAAAGCAUUUCAGAUAUGAGCUUCUCUGACUCUUGCUUUCACAGAUGCACCACACCAAUGGCUCUUGACCAUCCCAUCCUUUCAUCAGAACCUGGUUACAGCUACUAGAAUAGUCAAAGAAUUUGGGUUUGUCUUUGGGACAUGCCUUAGCUCUUUUAAGCAUUAAAUUUAAUCUCGUUUCUAUUACUCAGCCUCAAAGUUAUGCAUUUCCCGCAUGACAUCCUCAUGCUUCUUUCUGUUGACGACGUCUCCCUUGCAUUGCACCGUCACAGAACAUCACCACCUCAUUAGGGAUUUUUUCUGCUAAGGUUGCUAAUGGAAGUAUUCAACAAGAUGGGCUCCAACUCCAAACCCUAGAGAAAGUUACUGAUUGUUUUCCUUCUCCCACUCUUUUGACUGGAACCACCAUCAAAUGAUGCUCUUCCUCUGUCCGCUGUUCUCUACCUGUACCCAUCUCCUCCUCCUCUUGUCCCAGUGGUUCUAGUCCUCCACCUUGGUUGUUCAGCGACGAAGGAGCACUUGAAUACUAUUUCAAAAAUAGUUUGUUUGUUUUUUUAAAUAAAAUCUGUAUCUGUUCUUAGUCUGAGCAGUGGGAAAUGAAAUCGUAGAAUCAUAGAACCCUCAGAGUUUUAAGGAGCCACUAAAGGCCAUCCAGUCCAACCCCCUUGCAGUGAACGGGGAUACCUUCAACUACAUCAGGUUGCCCAGGCCCUGGGCACUCAUCACUGAUCUCCAUUCAGACAUGGAGCCAUUGGCCACCACUCUCAAGAUUCGAUCCUACAGCCAGUUGUUCAUCCAUCAAACUGCUUGCCCAUCAAACCCAUCUCUUUUCAAUUUGGAGAGAAGGGUGUUGUGGGGUACGGUGUCAAAGACCUCACCAAAGUCCAGAUAGAUGACAUCAGUGUCUCUUCCCUUGUCCAUUGAUGCAGUGACACCAUCAUAAAAGGCCACUAAGCUGAAGCCAAGCUAGCUCUCUUGUAUCACCUCCCUGUCUUCCAUGUUCCUUAGCCAUAUUCCAGGAGAAUUUGCUCCAAUAUGCAGGUUUUUGCUUCACGAAGCUCCUGGACUUCUCCUUUCUGGUUGAGGUACCUGUAGAAGCCUUUCUUAUUCUUGGCAUCCCUUGGUUCAGUUCAAGCUGGACCUUGGCCUUUCUGACCCCAUCCCUACACAGCCUGGCAGCUUCCUUAUGCUCUUCCCACGAUACCUGUCCCUAUUUCUACCAACUGUGCAUUUCUUCUUGCUCUCCAGUUUGACCAGCUGGUCCCAGUUCAGCCACUGCCAGGUUUCCAUUCAAUCACGUUUCCAUUCAAACAGAGUGUAAAGUCACGUAAAAAUCACCAAUUAUUCACGUUUAAGAUUAGUUCAUAUUUCUGCUGCUGUUUGAAGGAAAAACAUUCUAUGUGUUCCAGGGAAACCCAAACACAUUUACCCAGAAUUUAUCCUGCCAAUGAGCUUCUAUAGAAAGCACCAUACAGCUGAUUCAUGAUUUUUUUUUUCUUCAAUGUUGAAGUUAAUUACAUGCCCUCAGAUCCAACCAUUUAAUUUAUUAUGUACCAUGACAAUGUUUAAGACAUAUAAACUGUGAAGAGCCCUACAAAUGAGUUUUAGUGUCUAAUAACUCACUGUCCUCUUUCAAAUAAAGUGCUUUAAAUUUACUUCUA